AUGUUUUACACGCGCUCCUCGCUGGCUAACGAUAGUAGGAUUCCGGGCCACCGAAUCAACUCCGAUGUUCUACGGAAAGUCGCAUUCGAUGCGAGCAAGAAAACGGUGGUGCUUGUUCAUGGAUGGAUCGAGAACUUCAAGAUUGGCAAAUGGCAGCCGUCCUUGAAGGAUGCUCUCCUGCGUCUGGGUAACUUCAAUGUCAUCAUCGUUGAUUGGACGGGCGGGAACACCCCUCCGUAUAUUCAGGCUGCUGUGAACUCGAGAGUUGUCGGUGCCGAAAUUGGACUUUUGAUCCGCAAGCUGGGCAGAGUUCGGGGAACGGUUCCGUCAUCGUUCCAUCUCUAUGGACACAGUCUUGGGGCGCACGCGGUCGGAUUCGCCGGAAAAUGGCUUAACGGGACCCUUGGACGGAUAACAGCCCUGGACCCCGCUGAGCCCAUGUUCCAGUAUUGUCCCCCGUCGGCUCGACUUACCAAUUCCGAUGCAAAGCUCGUCGAAGUCAUCCAUACGGAUGCCGACCCUUUCGAUCCACCGACUGGUCUCGGAAUGAGCAUUCCAGUAGGCGACAUCGAUUACUACCCGAAUGGCGGGUCGAAUAUGCCGGGAUGCGAGUCCGGACCGCGUCAACCAGGACUUUCGAGCAACGAAUCGCUCGAAAACGCAAGGGACAGAGCAAUCUGCAACCACAUGCGCGCUGUGGACUAUGUGGUGGAUUUCACCGAAAGCUCGGCUAUGAACUCAACCUGCCGUCCCAUCGCUUUUCCUUGCGAGAGUUAUUCACUAUUCGAAAGUGGUCAAUGCACUGACUGCGGUCCCGAUGGAUCUCUUUGUUCGAUCAUGGGGCUCGGAGACGAAGGAGAUUUCUACAUACCCAGCAACAAGACCGAAGGCGCUCUCAAGUUAUUCCUGAAGACAAGCUCCCAAGCGCCCUUCUGCUUGCAUCCUUACGAGGUCGAAGUCUCCAUCGGAAGCUCCCCGACAGCCAUCUUACCCCAGAUACCGUUCGUCUUCGUGAAACCGAAGUCCGAAGUUCCCCUCCCGCCGAACCGACUGAAGAUUAUCGUCAAGUUGAGGAACGGCGAAUUGAGAGAUUUCGAGCUGAUGCUCGCAGCCGACGAUCUCUCUGCCGGAGCUGUGUAUCGGAACAUCCUGUACUCUGAAAAAGCCGUUCAAGACAUCCAGUCGAUAGGACUCACCCACGAAAUCGAAAGACCGUCCAUGCUCCCUUUGAAAUACUUGAAGAUGAAAACAAUGACCGGAUCGACUUCCUCGCGGAAUUUCACGGCGGAAGAGCAAUUUUUCUGCCCUCCACCGGGCGGAGCCGGUAUCCCGAAGAAGCUCCUCGUUGUCCUGAAAGAGGAGUUUUGCCGAAGGACCGAUGAACAGAAGUCUGUACAUCACAUCACCAUAAUUCGACCGCAUAUAACUGUUUUGCAUGUGCCGAGAUUUUUAUGAAAAUGAUUAAACAG